CAGACAACGCCACCGCCUUACCGCCGGUUAGUCCACGUGCUACGUUAGAUUCGAGUGUAGUUCAACAGCGAAUAUUAUUAAAUUAGCAAAAUGCAACACGACGACGUUGUCUGGAGUAUUAUAAAUAAAACUUUUUGUUCCUUCAAAGUAAACACAAAAACUCAAAAAUUUUGUAAAAAUGAGUACAAUCUCACUGGUCUGUGUAACAGAUCAACAUGCCCCUUGGCAAACAGUCAGUAUGCUACUGUACGAGAAGAAAAGGGUAUCGUAUAUCUGUACAUGAGGACAGCUGAAAGAGUACACAACCCAAAAGAUCAAUGGGAAAAGGUUAAAUUGUCCCGUAAUUUUGAUAAAGCCAUACAUCAAAUCAAUGAGAACUUAUUGUAUUGGAGCAGUUUCAUAAAAGCAAAAUGCAAACAAAGGUUUAUUACCAUUACACAAACUCUUACUCGUAUGAGAAAAUUGAAACUCAGAAGACAAAAGAAGAUUGUGCCUUUACAAAGGAAAAUAGAAAGACGUGAAAGAAGAAGAGAAGAGAAAGCUUUGAUUGCUGCUAAGCUUGAUACAAAUAUUGAAAAACAACUCAUGGAACGACUCAAGAAAGGAGUGUAUGACGACAUUUACAAUUUCCCGCAAAGAGUAUUUGAUAAGGCAGUUUCUGCUGUUCAAGUUGAAGGAGACAGUGAAGUUGAAAGUGACUAUGAAGAAGAAGAGGAACAAGAAAUUGAUAUGGAAAUUGAAAGAGAAAUGCAAGCAGAUUCAAGAAAAAAGAAACGAGUCAGCGAAUUUGUUGCAGCAGACAGUGAUGAUGAUGAUGAUGAUGAUGAUAGCGACAGUGAUGGCGAUGAAUUGGAAUAUGAAAUGGAAUCGGAUGCAGAAAGCAAUUCUGGUGAAAAAGAACAAGUCGAACUUUCAGAUAGUUUUGAAUCAGAUGUUAGUGACAUCGAGGAUGCAGUGGCAUCUACAAGUAAACAACCCAAAAAGCCUAAGGUUACCAAGAAACGUAAAGGCACAUCAUCUCGUCCUAGAGUUGAGAUCGAGUAUGAAUACGAAAAUGAACCUGCAGAGCGUGAACGUCAAACUGUGUAGUUUAUAUUUUAUACUUUAUUUUACUGUUAAUAUAGUUCAUAUUGAAUCGACUAAUGUUAAUUUCUUAUGAUGGAGAAUUGCUUCAUUCAAAACAUUUUUCAUACCAGUGGCCUGAAAGUGACUACUUCUCUGUCGCUGCGCAAAGUGGGAAGAACGAUUUUCGGGCCACUGAGUAUGAAAAAUAGUGUACUUAGCCUUGGCCGCUAAUUACACGUACUGUGGGACUUUUCUGUUUUUCUAUUAAAAUAAAUUAGAAAAAAUACGCUAUUGAAAUAUUGAUAUCGAUACAAAAUCGGUAUUAAUAAUUGUACAGAAUACGAUAAAAUACAUU